AGCCUGGGCACUGACACCGAGGAACGGCUGGUGGAGCAUCUCCUGGACCCGUCACGGUACAACAAACUGAUCCGUCCGGCCACUAACGGCUCGGAGCUGGUCACCGUGCAGCUGAUGGUAUCGCUGGCCCAGCUCAUCAGUGUGCACGAGAGAGAGCAGAUCAUGACCACGAACGUGUGGCUGACGCAGGAAUGGGAAGACUAUCGCCUCACGUGGAACCCAGAGGAGUUUGACGACAUGAAGAAGGUGCGGCUGCCAUCCAAGCACAUCUGGCUCCCAGAUGUUGUGCUCUACAACAAUGCCGACGGGAUGUACGAGGUGUCCUUCUACUCCAACGCGGUGGUGUCCUACGACGGCAGCAUCUUCUGGCUGCCGCCAGCCAUUUACAAGAGUGCCUGCAAGAUCGAAGUGAAGCACUUCCCCUUCGACCAGCAGAACUGCACCAUGAAGUUCCGCUCGUGGACCUACGACCGCACCGAGAUCGACCUCGUGCUGAGGAGCGAGGUGGCCAGCCUGGACGACUUCACGCCCAGCGGCGAGUGGGACAUCAUCGCCCUGCCGGGCCGGCGCAACGAGAACCCCAACGACUCCACCUACGUGGACAUCACCUACGACUUCAUCAUCCGCCGGAAGCCCCUGUUCUACACCAUCAACCUCAUCAUCCCCUGCAUCCUCAUCACUUCCUUGGCCAUCCUGGUCUUCUACUUGCCCUCCGACUGCGGGGAGAAGAUGACCCUCUGCAUCUCGGUCCUGCUGGCCCUCACCGUCUUCCUGCUGCUCAUCUCCAAAAUCGUGCCGCCCACCUCGCUGGACGUGCCGCUGGUGGGCAAGUACCUGAUGUUCACCAUGGUCUUGGUGACCUUCUCCAUCGUCACCAGCGUCUGCGUCCUCAACGUCCACCACCGCUCGCCCACCACCCACACCAUGCCACCCUGGGUCAAGGUGGUCUUCCUCGACAAACUGCCGACCCUCCUCUUCAUGAAGCAGCCCCGGCAGCACUGCGCCCGCCAGCGGCUGCGUCAGAAGCGCCAGAGCCAGGAACGGACCUCUGGCGGCUACUUCCUACGAGAGGGGGUGCGGUCCUGCACCUGCUACGUCAACCCCGCCACCGUCAAGAAGUUUGGGACGGGGAGCGGUGGCAAUGGGAGUGGCGGCGAAGGAGGAGGAAGGCCCUUUACGGAAACGGCGGAUGGCGUCAACGGUUACCGGGACAGGCCAGGUCAAACGGCGGUGCCGCCGCCGCUACCCGGCCAGUGCUGCUGCGGUCUGGAGGAAGCAGUGGACGGAGUGCGCUUCAUUGCAGACCACAUGAAGAGCGAAGAUGAUGACCAAAGCGUGAGCGAGGACUGGAAGUACGUGGCCAUGGUGAUCGACCGCCUCUUCUUGUGGAUCUUCAUCUUCGUCUGCGUCUUUGGCACCAUCGGGAUGUUCCUGCAGCCGCUCUUCCAAAAUUACGCCACCAACUCCCUCCUGCACAUCAAUCAUGGCGCACCUGGCUCCAAAUAGCGGCAGGGGACGCCUCCUCUUCUCCGCCAACCUGUCCGGAGGAGAAACAGAGGGAGUGUGAAAGAGACACGCACGCACGCACA